AUGGAGCACCAAACACCCUCUGUUUUUCCUGGAAAUUUCCGGAAACGCAAACAAAGUGUCACGGUCCUCUGGGCGUUCAUCUGCCUCUCGAGCGGCCGCGUCGCAAUCCCACUCGCCGCCGUCUUCACACGACCUGCGAAGGCUCCUGAGGCUCCUGCGAGAACCAUGCGCUUGGCGGAGCGCGCCCUCCGCGCGUGGCACCUCGACCUCUUCACGUACGUCCUCUCCAAGGUCUGGUUUGACCUGCUCUUUGUGUACGUGCUACGCCUGCUCCCCAGGCCAUACUGCUGUCCGGUCGGCGAGUCGCCGCGCCAGCGCCUCUUCUUCUCCCUCGUGCUGAAGCAGUGCUCGGCGGCUGAGUCAACCGCCACGCCGUGCCGCGAAUCAGCCUCCGCCGCGGCGCUCCUCGCCGCGGCGGCCGCGCUCCUCGCCGCCCUCGGCCUCAUCGACCAGGGCGUGCAGAGCCUCGCUAUGCGGAACGCCUCGGCCGCCCGGCUGGUGCAGAGCGUGGCAGGGAUGUUCCUCGGCUGGGCGCUCGGCCACGCCUACGCCCACGCCAUCUCGGAGGGCGGAGGCGCGGUGUGCGGCGACGGCUGGACGUGCAGCAUCUUUGCCGAUCUCGCCUCGGCAGUGCUUGUGACCGUCUCCGCGGCCCCGCUCGUCGCGGCGCUGCUGCGGCUAGCCUCCUGCGGCGGCGGCGCCGACGCCACUGCGGCCGAGGAGAGCAGCGGCGAGCGGGACGGCGCGGGAGGCGUGCUGCGCCGGUGCGUGUGCUCCUGCGCUCGGCUAUUGGCGGGCGGGCUGAGCACGAUGACGAUGGUCGCUUGGGCGCUCAAGAGCUCCAUCAUGGAGACGGGCCAGCCGCUCGGCGCGCUGCAGGCGCUGCACGAGUCGCACGCGGACCUCUGCCGCGCGGACAACGAGAGCAGCGCCGUCUGCGCGGCGCCGCAGACCGCGGAGGCGCUGCUGCGCGACGCAUCAGAGUACCGGCUGCUGCUGCGGCGGCAGAUUGCCCCGGGCGGCUGGAGGCUGCCCCUCACCAAGCGGCUCCUCGUCCUCUGGGCGAUCGCUCUCACCUUCGGCGCCGCCGCCCCUCCCUCCCGCCCUGCGGCCAACGCACACAGCCGGAUGCAGCACCGCCCGCCUCCCCCAGGCCUCUCCCUCCUCGUCGUGCGGCUCGUGCGCUGCCGCCGCUCCCUCGAGCACGGCGUCGAGCACGCGAGGCCCGCCCGUCGCACACACGCCGCAGCCGAGCCAGUGGACUGCCAGGGCGCGCCGGCGCUCCUCCUCCUCGUCGAGGCAGCGAGCGGCUGGGCCACCGGCUGCGCGUGGGUGGACGCGGUUGGCGCGCUGAGCCACUCGUUCGCUGCGCUGCCGAGCAAGGGCGCGUGGGUGAUACUGGGCGACGCAGGCCUCACCUUGCUGCUGCACGCCCUCGCCGUCGGCUGGCUCGUCGCGCAGCGCGGCCGCGGCGAGGCCACGGAGGCCGACGAGGCGGAGCCGGAGGCGCGAUCUGCCGCCUACAACGCGCCGAGCAGACGGGUCGAGCGGUGGGACUUCUUGACCGGGGCCGCCGCCUUUUGCGUCGGCUGGGGCUACAUCGUCUGCUUCCGCGACUGCUCCUUCCUCCUCGGCCUCGUCUUCGGGCACGAGUCGGAGGCGUGGUCGCGCGCCGGAGAGGUCCUCUUCGCCCUCGCGCUGGGCACGCUCCUGACGGUCGCCGCCCUGCUGCUCUGGCUCCCCGCGCGCGACUCGCGCAGUCUCGCCUUCGCCGCGCUCGAGGCGGUCAGGCUCCGGCCCCGCCGCCCCGCACCGAGCGUGGCGCCGAGGCGGCGACAGCCGCGGGUCGGCGGCGGAGGGACGCCCGGCCCAGCGAGCGGCGCCGGCUUCUCGGCGUCCGCGCCGGAGCCGCUGCUUCGCGGCCAUGAGAAGUACUACAAACAGUCAAACUCAGAUCCUGUGCAGUGCCCUUCUCUUGGUGUGUGA